AUGAAACAUUGGGUAGAGAUUGAACCUACGUCUCCGGAACUGUGUGACACCGGCAGUCAGGGACGGAAAUCGCUUUCAAAAAUGGGGGGACGUGAGCAGCCCUUCACCUGCUCCGAUUGCGGCAAAUGCUUCAAGUCAUACACGAACCAGAAGGUGCACGGGUGCCUGCACACCGGGAACCGUCCCUACACCUGCAGCGACUGGGGCAAGGGCUGCACCCGCUCCAGCAGCCUGCUGGUGUACCAGCGUCACCACGCCGGCGAGCGCCCCUACUCCCGUGCUCAGUGCGCCAAGUGCUUCAACCAGUCCUUCACCCUGCUGUCCCACCAGCGGGUGCACGCCUGUGACCAUCCCGUCCCCAGCCUAGAGUCUGCCGCAGGAAGUACAACGUCUUUGUUUCGACUGCUCGAGGUGCUACAAGAGCUCCACCCGCUACGACAGACUGCUGCGGCACAACUGCGGGCUCUCCGGCGAGAGGCCCUUUGUCCGCGCCGACUGUGGCAAGAGCUUCGCGCCUCGCAUGAGCUGAAUAUGCAGCGGCGAGUGCACACGAGCGAGAAGCCCUAUGGCUGCACCACCUGCGGCAAUAGCUUUGCGCGGUUGUCGGGGCUGUGGCUGCACCAGUGGGUGCGUAACAGUGAGCGGUCCUUUACCUGCUCCGACUGCGGCAAAGGCUUCAAGUCGUCGCAGGACUUUUUUGAUGCACAUGCAGGUCACAAUGCAGCCGGUCUGUGGCCGCACUCAGCACUAUGCUGA